UCAAACAAAACUGACAAUUGAGCGUGCUCGUGAGUUUGCAGAUUUGAGUUGUCACCCCCAUUUAAAGGGAUGCGAUUAUCCUUUCUAUUUUCAACCCGUAGUUCAGUGUUUGUUUAAUUCUCCCAUUAAGUAAAUCAACUAUUAUUUAAGCAAAUUUUUAAUCAGGAUGGAUCGUCUUUUGAGGCUAGGAGGUGGAAUGCCAGGUUUAAAUCAAGGGCCACCACCUUCUGAUGCUCCGGUCGUUGAUACCGCCGAACAGGUGUAUAUUUCCUCGUUAGCAUUGUUGAAAAUGUUGAAACAUGGACGAGCUGGAGUUCCAAUGGAAGUCAUGGGUUUGAUGCUCGGGGAAUUCGUUGACGAUUAUACUGUUCGGGUUAUUGACGUUUUUGCCAUGCCACAAACUGGAACUGGCGUCAGUGUAGAAGCAGUUGAUCCAGUAUUCCAGGCGAAAAUGUUGGACAUGUUGAAGCAAACAGGACGACCUGAAAUGGUGGUAGGAUGGUACCACUCUCAUCCUGGUUUUGGAUGUUGGCUCUCGGGUGUCGAUAUCAAUACGCAACAAUCAUUUGAAGCACUCAGUGAACGUGCAGUUGCAGUUGUAAUCGAUCCAAUUCAGUCCGUGAAGGGAAAAGUCGUCAUUGACGCAUUUAGAUUAAUCAAUCCUAACAUGAUGGUCCUAGGACAAGAACCUCGACAAACGACCUCGAAUUUAGGUCACUUGCAGAAACCUUCCGUUCAAGCUCUCAUUCACGGUUUAAAUCGUCACUACUACAGCAUUAGUAUUAAUUACCGAAAAAAUGAAUUGGAACAAAAAAUGUUGUUAAAUCUCCACAAAAAGACAUGGAUGGACGGUCUUACACUCGCUGAAUAUUCAGAGCACAGUAAACUUAACGAAAAUAUUGUUUCCGAUAUGUUGGAACUCGCGAAAAAUUACAAUAAGGCUCUCGAGGACGAGGAGAAAAUGACACCGGAACAAUUGGCAAUCAAAAAUGUUGGUAAACAAGAUCCAAAGCGGCAUUUAGAAGAAAAAGUCGAUACACUAAUGUCGACGAAUAUCGUCCAAUGUUUGGGAGCAAUGCUUGACACCGUCGUUUUCAAGUAACUAUUUUUUUUUCCAUAAAAAUGAUUUACAAUAUACAAUUUUUAAAGAAUAUACGACUUUCUAACAUA